AUGACAGCGGUAAGACCUCUCUUGGUCGUUAUUCUCACUGGCUUCGGAUUCUUGUGGUUAUGGUGGUCGUGGAGCUCGACAGGGACGACGGUGACGGCGGUUCUACCUAGCAUAGUACGGGCUAGUACAUCCGUUGUCGACGAAUACCCCACGCAUCAUGACGAAGACCUACGGCUGUCUUCACCGACGGCACUUCCUACGAAAAACACUACUUCUACGUCCACAACGUCGCCACCGUCGCCGUCCCCCUCGCGAUACAUCAACUUCAGCGAACUGUUAUUUCCUGAACAUGGGACCGACGGAACAGCGCGUCCUUGGAUAGGCGCGAACCACAGAACACUACGGACUCUCUUCGAAUGCAUAGAGCUUGGUACUUGUGGAGAAAACCAGGAGAAAGUCGUUCUUCUCGGGACGUCAUUUUUCUACGAAGUGCUCAAUGGAGCGGUCGGAGGAGAAAGUAUCUGGGCCGCAUCCAUCAUGCAAGUCCUGACGAACAUGGGCUACACCUACCUCCUCGUCCAAGACCUCUCCCAAGCGGUCUAUUACCACCACAUGCUGCCCUCGCUCAUCCGCACCAUCAUCCUGCAAGACGACCUCGUCCAGAAAUGUGCGUCCGAUGCUGAGUUCUGCGCUCGAUCGCCACGGAACCCGCAUGGGAUCCCUCUAUGGAAGAUCCUCGCGUUUCAUUUCUGGGGAGGCAACAUCCACCCCCUCGGCUGGACCUACACCCUCUCCCCCGAACCCUACUCUCUCCUCUCCCCCUCCUCCUCUCCCUCCAGUCCCUCCUCCGUCAACACCUACAUAGGGUACAGCAUCGAAUCCACCUGCACGACCAUCCCUUUCGUCCCGCACUCGGAGCGCCCAAAUCAAGCUUGGGUCCUCGCGAAGCUCUUGACGUAUAUGUCCCCGAACCUCGAUAGGCCGGCGUGGCAUCCUACGCCUGCGUGGACUGGGGCGAUUAUGGAUAGGGCGGCGGGGGAGACGGGGGUGAGGUAUUUGUUUGGGGCGAGGGAUGAUACCGGGGUGGAUGAUACGGGGGUCGAGGAGGGUGGGGAUGCGGAUAGGGAAAGGGAGAAGGAGAGGGAAGAGGAGAGGGAGAGGAAGAGGCCGGAUAUGCCGAGUAGGGAGAAUUAUGAGAAUGUGGGACAGAGGCCGAGAGAGGAGUUCGUGAGGGAGUUGGCGAGGUCGAGGGUGUUGAUCGGGGUGGGAAAUCCUUUGAUUUCUCCGACACCGUACGAAGCGCUUUGUCUCGGCGUCCCAUUCAUCAACCCGCUCUACGACGUAUGUCUUCCUUCUUUCCUUCCUUCCUUCCUUCCUUUAAACCCCGAUCCCUUACCCCCCGAUCCCUCACCCCCCAAUCCCUCACCGCCCAUUGAUAUUGAUCUCCCACCUUACGAUUUAAACGCACAGGACCCAAACAAAAUGCCCGCCCAACAGCCCUUCCUGUCCGUCCUCGGGCCACCCUACGUCUAUCACGUGCACCACGGCGACGAAGAGGGUUUCGUGAACGCCGUAAGGGAGGCUUUGGAUAAUCCGAUUGAUAGAUACAUCCUAGACCGUAUGCGACUCUCCGAGAUCGAGAAACGGUUGCAAGCCGUAUUAGAGUGGGAUAGAGAGAUGGAGCAGGAGCAGGAGGAGGUCGCGGACUCGUGAAGUCGUGGACCUCCCCAUCUUAGACUUUUAGGCACAUUGCACUUCCCCAUCCUUCAGAAAGGCUCAUUGCAUCUUGGACAUUUGAAGGCUCACGCUUGGACAUCUGAGGUUCACGCUUGGACAUCUGAGGUUCACGGUAGAGAUUAUAUACUGAUAUAUAGUAGUAGUAUAGUAAUUUAUACCAGGAGACCGGAGAUGUCGUUGUUAUUUCUUGGUUUGAUUGAUUGUUGUUAUGAUAGCGAGUACGAUAGCUCUUGUUAUAAUAAUAUCG